UCUCUGAUAUAAUAUAUAAUAAUUUACAUUUUUAAAUCAAAAUUUUAUUGUAAUAUAAUUACAGAUUAUCAAAUAACAGCUCCUCUUAAUAUUUAAGUCACUGGGUAUUGAAACGAAAUUGCAUUCCUUUAAGUUAAACGUAAUGUCGUGUGAUUAGAAAAUAUCCGUUCUCUGGUGUGAUAUGUACAUUUUUGUAGUUGGCAACGCAAUAGAAUCAAAACAAACAAACAUAAUUUCAACCCAUAUGAUUUUGACGCUCAAGUUACAUACAUAUAUAUAUAUGUUUUUAUUGCAUCAGUUAUUCAGACAAGAUGUUUAUUUUGCAAACAAUAUCUAAAACAAAUUUAAUUUAUCAAUGUCAACGCACUUUUAAUAGUAUUUCUACUAACAAAAACAUUCAAUUGCUUAACAAACUUAAAAGCGUCAAUUUACAAAAACGUGAACUAUGGGGUUACGUAGCAAUUGCAUUCAACAAAGUUGACAACGAACGACUAUCCAAAGUGGGACCGGAUCGGCUGUGUGCAGAAUGGAUAUUGAAAAAUGGUGGUGCAGUUGGUUUAGUAGGCAUGCAAAAUAGAGUACUUAAGGACUAUAAUAGUCUGCCACCAGAGUCGGUAAAAUUCAAUCUGCAAGUCAUUGAUGCCACUAAUGCGUCUAUUAUGAAAAUGGGACUUGAUCAUUUUGCCGGUUGUCGACAUAUAGAUACGGUUAUAUUUCACAAUUGUAAGCAUCUAGAAGAUGGUGGUCUUGAGGGUUUAGUGCAUUUGAAAAGCACGCUAAAAAGAUUACAAGUUUCUGGUUGUUAUAAUCUGAGAGACAGCUGCUUUGAUGUAGUAGCUCAGUUGUCGGCGCUAGAACAGUUACGUUUAUUCGAUUUGUUAUAUGUAAAGGAUAUACAAGGCAUGGCUACUAAACUACGACAAGCGCUACCAAAUUGCAAAAUUGAAGUGAGAGCCUCCCAGUAAACUGAUUUUCAAACUGAAAAUGUACAUACAUACAUUUAAAUAUUUCUGGAAAUAAAAGUGUCUUUUCGUUAAUAUUAUGCCAGAAAAAUUACAUAUUUUCGUGCAUAUAUUUUCAUCGCUUAUUUUCAACAUGUGUAACGAUUCGUGUUGUUCCUUAAGAUACACGCUAUCAAAUCGAACACCUUUUAAAUGUGUAAUCAUCGUUAAGUGUACAUAUACUCACAAAUAAAUAUAUUUGCAUACAAAAUUAUUUAAAAACAAAAUUAAUUAUCUUUGAUAUUUCUGUAUUAAGUUGUGUUUUUAAUAAAGUCAACAUUGAUAAUUAGCCAUUG